AUGACCGAAUGUAACCCUGACUCCAGUUACCUUGCAUCUCCAGAAUUUGUGACAUUCUCUUUCCAUGUCAUCACUUCUGUAACUAUUCCUGUAAUGACUUUUGGCGCGUAUUGUAUCUUAUUCAAAACUCCAAAUAAAAUGAAAUCUGUGAAGUUGUUAAUGCUGAAUUUGCACUUUUGGAGCACAUUAUCUGAUAUGACAAUCAGUUUUUUCGGAGUUCCGUAUCUUCGUUUUCCCACUUUGUCUGGUUAUGGUUUAGGAGUUAUCAAUGUGCCUGGAUUAUUAUUUUAUUGUGGAGUCACUUUUAUUUUAGCUCUCACUGCUUCAAUCCUUGCUAUUUACGAGAAUCGUUAUUACUCUCUAUUCGGUCGACACAACAGUUGGCGUCUGGUCAGAAAACCUUUCCUUGCUGCCACUUACAUUUCGGUGCCAUUUAUUUUCAUCUCCCCAUAUCUCAACCUCCCGGAGCAAGAUAGUGCGAGACGAAUCGUUCUGAGCACUCUUCCAUGCCUUCCUGAAUUCACUUACUCGAACUUGAAACUAUUCGUUUUGUCCUUAAAUGUGACUAUACCAUUUUUAUGCAUUCUGUUCAGCUGUGUCUUUUUCGCUAUUUCGAUUAUAUCAUUUUUUCUUCUAACUGUCUAUCAUUUGGUAUCUGAACAGCAAGGAACUAUUCAUUCAUUCAGAACACUGGCUAUUCAGAAGAACUUCUUGAUAGCAGUAACAAUUCAGACUGCCUUUACUAUAAUCAUUGUCCUCGCCCCAGUUCUUGUAUUCAUUUUCAUAGUCAUCGCCUGGUAUCACAACCAAAAACUCAAUAAUUUCGUAUGCUUAACUCUGUCAAUUCACGGAGUUGGAUCCACCAUCGUGAUGGAUUUGCAGAUUGUUUCUACCGUACCCACACGCUCCAUUCCUUUCAAACAUUGCAUAAUUCAAUUGAGUGUUGGAGCAGUUUGUUUGAAUGUUCAAUGCGACCAUUUGUGCUCCAGUGAGCCAAUGAAUCAUUGGAUUGUAAUAGUUCAGAACAUGAAGAUUCUUCUGGAAGUUGAAGCAUUUGAGCAGCUUUCUGUUCUUCUUCAAGUCAAUCGAGGAACCCUGAAAGUGUGA